AUGAAGAUUUUGGACUUGGGACUCGUAUGUGUAGCAUGCACGGUUACAUUAACCCAAGCGGAAACAUUCUCAACUCCAAUCUACUCUAUAACAAGAAACUCGACAUACGCAAGAGCGAAACGGGCAGCGGUUAGAGAAGAUAGGAUUGCAAGAAGUAGAACCAAUAGUCAUAGGAAACAUGAAGUGGAGAGGAAGAGGACCAGGGCUUCAAGGCGGAGCACUCAUGAUGAAAGUGGGCAGAAGAGGUUAAAAGGUCCACUUGGAGGAGUAGAGAAUGAUGAAGGAUAUUUGGCAGCUGUAAGAGAAGGCAAAGUUGAGGAUGGACGAGCAAGGUACGGGACUGGAGUACCAGACUGGGACUGGAACGAACUUUUAUAUGUCAUAGAUCUGGAAGUAGGAAGCCCGUCACAGCACUCACGAGCUCUUCUAUCUAUCUCCGAUAAUGAUAUGUUCAUACCAUCAACCGAUUGUACGGCUACAUGUCAGUCGCAUCAGCUUUACAACCCUUCUUUAUCGAACACGGAAAAGAAGACAGACAACUUUUUUGCCAUGGAAUACGCACGCUGUUCUGUAUAUGGUGAUGUAAUCUCCGACACCAUUAUUCUCGCCGGCCUUCAAAUUCCGCAACAAUUCGGCGCCGUGGAUAGCAUAGGACGGUUUACGGAUCCUGACUGGGGUAAUUUGGAAUGGGAUGGACUUCUUGGAUUGGCGCCAUCAUCCUCGCACUCACCAAACUCAAUUUCCAAUCCCUUCCUUAACCUUCAAUCUCAAAAUCUUGUCCAAAAUUCACUCUUCACCCUUCUACUUCCACAAACCCCAGACACACCUGGUCUCCUCACAUUCGGCACAAUAGACCAUAAAGUUUACUCUGGCUCCCUAAAACACCUUCCACUCCUAGACCAUACCUCCAUCUCCCAAAACCGACCUACCGCCUUUCCAGAUCUCAUCACCGGUCGCUGGCAAAUCCCCUCCACAUCUCUAACCAUCUCGGGAACAUCCUCCUCCUACAACCUCCGUCCUUACAUCGCUCUCCUGGAAACAUCCUACCCCGGCAUUGGGCUUCCCUCCUCUCUCGUCUUUUCCCUACACAAUUAUCUAGAAAUGGAGUUCCGCGGCCAUGACAUCCCUCCUUCGAUUCCUUGUUCCCGCCGUGAUUCUUUACCUACUAUUACCCUCCAUCUCGGCGAGCAUGAGUUCACAUUAACGGCAUAUGAAUAUACGUUGGAAGUAGAGAGGGAUGAUAUAGGAGGUCAUAGAUGUGUGUCGUUAUUUAUGGAGAGGGAAGAGGAAGAGGGGGAAGUUAGGAGUAUUAUUUUGGGAAGUGGAUUCUUGAGGAAUUGGUUUAGCGUCUUUGAUUUGAAGGAGAGGGAGGUGGCUUUUGGGAAGGUUGGGGUAUUGGGGACGGCAGACGGAAGACAAGGAAUGGAUUAUUUGGGAUUAUGA